AGACGACGACGAAGAAGAAGAAGAAGACGAAGAAGAAGACGAAGAAGAAGAAAAAAAGGGGGGGCGUUUCCUUCUGAAAACUUCCAAUUUGAUUUUUGUUAUUGUAUCAACAUGGCGACGCGCAGUAUCUUGCCACCACCUACCAGAUUGCUAUUUGUUUUAAAGAUGGACCCUCCUCUCCAGAGAGGCUGAGGACUAGUUGGAACACACCCUGGGGGACCACCACCCCGGUUUGCCAAUGUAGAGGCACUGUCGCCGAUGUUGCCCAGGCGCGUGAACCGGGACGGCCCCUCGACACCCGGAGCCUUUAGGAAUCGUGGGUGCAUCUCAUCCACCGAGCAGCUUUUGAACCAUCUCGGUGACUCCAGCCCCAGAGAUAGGAGAGCCCUUCUCAGUCCCCAGACUCGGUCGGCUUCCUCAUAGGAAGGCGUGUCGUCGAACUCGAGAAGCUCUUCAAAGUAUUCGCACGCCCCCUUCCAGUCUGGAUACUGUGCUCUUCACAGCAAGGCUCAGUAUUCCACCGCUCCAAGUCCCGAUGAAAAGACAUUCGACAAGAUCCUAAUCGCGAACAGAGGGGAGAUUGCUUGCAGAGUAAGACUGAAUGAGACCCUCCCAGCAAUGGAGUCCAACUGAAUCUGCGGUCGACUAGCUGUUGUUCAAUAGGACACUUACAACUCCGUGUGGAUGAAGAGAAAAAAAAAAAAAAAAGCUUCUUCAGUCGAUGUUUUGGGAAGCAUCAUAAUUGAAUUUGAAUAGCAAAUGACAUUUGUCUAUAGCAACCGCUCUUCAUGCAUACAUUUGAAAUCCAUUACCUUCAUGUCCGUGUGCUCCCAUCAGGUCAUCAGGACGUGCAAGAAGAUGGGUAUUCGGACUGUUGCUGUUCACAGUGACGUAGACUCCAAUGCUGUUCAUGUCAAGAUGGCUGAUGAGGCGGUGUGUGUUGGCCCCGCCCCCACGAAUCAGAGCUACCUCAACAUGGAUGCCAUUCUGCAUGCUGUCAGACACACUAAAUCCCAAGCUGAUCUUCUUUUUUUGUUUGUUUGUUUGUCAAGGUUCACCCGGGAUAUGGCUUUCUUUCAGAAAACAAAGAAUUUGCAAAGAGACUAGCAAAGGAGAGUGUGGCAUUUAUUGGCCCUGACACUCAUGCUAUCCAAGCAAUGGGGGAUAAAAUUGAGAGCAAACUGAUUGCUAAGGCUGCAAAAGUCAACACCAUCCCAGGAUUUGAUGGAGUGGUCAAGAAUCCAGAGGAAGCUGUCAAAAUGGCACAAAAUAUUGGCUACCCAGUAAUGAUAAAAGCAUCUGCAGGCGGAGGAGGGAAGGGAAUGAGAGUUGCGUGGAAUGAUGAGGAAACAAGGGAAGGCUUCCGGUUCUCAUCCCAGGAAGCAUCAUCAAGCUUUGGAGACGAUAGACUUCUUAUUGAAAAAUACAUAGAUAACCCGAGACACAUAGAGAUUCAGGUGCUGGCUGAUAAACAUGGUAAUGCUCUGUGGUUAAAUGAAAGGGAGUGUUCUAUCCAGAGGAGGAACCAGAAGGUGGUGGAAGAAGCACCAAGUACUUUCCUGGACUCAGUGACAAGACGAGCAAUGGGUGAGCAAGCAGUGCAGCUCGCCAAGGCUGUGCAGUACUCUUCUGCUGGUACCGUGGAGUUCCUGGUAGAUUCUGCAAAGAAUUUCUACUUCCUGGAGAUGAACACACGGCUACAAGUUGAACAUCCCAUAACAGAAUGUAUUACUGGGCUUGACCUGGUUGAGCAGAUGAUCCGAGUUGCCAAGGGUUACCAACUGCAGCACAAACAGGAAGAUAUCCCAAUAAAUGGCUGGGCCUUUGAGAGCCGUGUCUAUGCUGAGGACCCUUACAAGUCAUUUGGUCUUCCCUCCAUUGGGAGAUUGUCCCAAUACCAAGAGCCACCCAGUCUCAAUAAUGUCCGGGUUGAUAGUGGCAUCCAGGAGGGAAGUGACAUUAGCAUCUAUUAUGAUCCCAUGAUUUCUAAGUUAAUAACCUAUGGUGCUACAAGAGCAGAAGCCCUUGCCAAGAUGGAGGAUGCUCUGGAUAGCUACGUUAUCAGAGGUGUAACCCACAACAUUCCUCUCUUGAGAGAAAUAAUCACCCAUCCUCGCUUUAUUUCUGGUGACAUUAGCACCAACUUCCUUCCAGAGAUUUACCCUGAUGGCUUUAAAGGGCACCAGCUACAGGUGGAAGAACAGCGGGAACUGCUAGCCUCUGCAGCAGCUCUGUACAUCACAGCCCAGCUCUGUUCCCAGAAUGUCCUAGGUAAUUCCAGAGUGUCCUCAAUACCUAUGGAGUGUAAUUGCUGGGAGCUAUGUGCACAGCUGGGAGAACGAUGGCAUGAAGUGAAAGUUAAUACAUUUGGAGACAUAUAUAUGGUGGCAGUGGAUGGAGAACAGGUGGAAGUGGAUGGACAGUGGAACUUGGCUUCCCCACUGCUCCCGCUCACUAUCAAUAGUAAGCACAGAAUGUUACAGUGUCUGUCCCGAGAUGCUUCUGGCCUCCUAGUUCUGCAGUACCUGGGCACAUCGUAUAAGGUUCGAAUUCUGUCCAAGUUGGCUGCAGAGUUGAACUCUUACAUGCCAGAGAAAGUUCCUGAAGACACCAGCAGUAUCCUGCGGUCACCAAUGCCUGGCACAGUGGUGGCAGUUACUGUUAGGCCUGGUGAUAAGGUUGCAGAAGGCCAAGAGAUCUGUGUGAUUGAAGCUAUGAAAAUGCAGAACAGUAUCACUGCUGUCAAACAAGCAAAGGUAAAGCGUGUCCAUUGCAAGCCAGGUGAGACAGUUGGUGAAGGAGAUUUGCUUGUGGAGCUUGAAUAAAUCAGGCCAUAGCAUUGUAUUAUUGCUCUCCAUAAUGGAUGAUCAAUACUGGAAAAAUAACGACUUACAGUAUGAUCAGUGUCCCCAGCAGAGAUUGAUGUCCUCAACAGUGCCUGAGCGUUGAGCUUUAUCAACAAUAUAACUGGAGUAAGAAAUCCUGUCAAUCAUCGAUUUCCUGUUUGGUUUCUAAGCUAUGACAUGAUUUUUCUGUUUUUGUUAUAACACCAUACUAAAAUGUUCUCACCAGUUUUGUAA